AUGAUCAAUACAGAUCGAACCCUUCCUACAGCAGCGUACAAUUUCAAGGUAGAGACCGGCAAGGAAAAUACCAAGACCACUACUGAGUACAGUUGGGUGCCCGUUCCGGAUAAGUCUCUCGUCGAGCGAUAUAUGAAAGCACUCCCCGAAGAGGAACGUCCAAUUAUUGGCUCUGUUGGAGAACAAAACCGCAAAUCCCGUCUACAGUUUCAGCUUCCCUUGUACGACUGCAACGUGGACGAUGCACGAUUCGCUAAUGAACAAGACAAGGAGGUGUUCCGACGAUUCCUCGAGAAUGUUCGCAAGCACGUAUGUACAGUUUUGCACUAA